CCGUGGUCGACGAUGGCGUCGUCAGUCUACGUCUGACGGCCAAUUUGGUGUUCAUUUUGAGGUUAAAUUUUGUAAUUUUUAUAAUCAAAAUGGUUAGUGAAAUAGACGAACGACGUGUGGUUAAAGAACUAAUUGAAUUGUAUCGUAAUCUACCAUGCUUGUGGGACAUGAGGUCUGAGGAUUACAGAUUUGUCAAGAAAAAAAACUUGGCAUGGGGAAUGUUACUUGAAAAACUUAAGGAAAUUGAUCCUGAUGCCAAUAUUUAUUCAGUUAAACGCAAGAUUGACAAUUUGAGAAAUGGUUACAAAAGGGAGCUGAAGAAGGUAAGAAAAUCACUUCAACAGAGCAAAUCGGAAGAGGAUGUUCACGAACCAAGCCUCUGGUAUUUCAAGCUGCUGGAUUUCCUGAGCGAUAGAAAAUAUGAGAUCUCUGAAGACUCCCAGUCGGACGAUGUGUACAUGGUGAUCGUUGAUGAUAAAUACCAGUCUUCCUCUCAAGUGAAGCACUCACAAGAAAACGAAUUGGAAAAGCAGAAACAGUAUUACACAGAGGAAUUGAAACGAUCGCUGCAAAAGGGUGACCUAACGAUCAGAGAGACCCGUAGUCUGGACACAAACCCAUUCGCAGUAUACGUUGGAAAGCAGUUAGAUGAAAUGACCCCGUUCCAAAGGAAGGUAGCGGAGAAAGUGAUAUCAGAGGUGCUGUUCUUAGGCAAAACUGAGAGUCUUAACUUCGAUUCCAAGGUGGUGACUCCUACAGAAACACCUAGACCGGAACCAUGGGUCUCACCGAACAAAACUAGUGAAAUAAAACAAAAUCCACCAAUAUCUAAAUUAGACAUACUAAAUUCAGCUACUAAAAGGAAAAUAUCAAGGGAACCAAUUGUAAAAAAGAAGGCCAAAAGAAAAAUUUCAACGGAAACUAAAAAAGGCAAACCUGAAACAGCUUUCAUAGAUAUCCAGCUGAGUCCGGAGAGCUCACAGUGCUCAUCGCAAAAGACAUUAGUAAAUCCGUUANAUCCGUUGUCAACGGAUGGCUCCUCGGAAGAAUCUGAUCAAGAGGAAGCGUUUGAAGUUGAUGAUGAAGAAACUAGUAAAUAUGAUGAUGAUGAUUCGAAUGAUGAUUCGAUUUUGAAAACACUGUUGAAAUCUAAAUGA